AUUGAGUCAAGCGAGACUACCGAAAGGUGGUGUUGACCGACCGCAGCAGGUUUUCAGUAAGAAACCUGAAACUUUAAACCUUCUAAGGCAAUUGUCAAUAACGCUAAGUCCUUAGUUUUUAACGGAAGAGUAAACAGUACCGGAGUUAAGGCAACAAGACAAGGAAGGAGAGUCAGUCCCGGAGGGAAAGCGCCCGAAGUGAGCUUGAGGAUCAAAGCUAAUGCUAAGUUAGCCAGCUACUGCUAAAUAAUUACACGGAAACUAGAGUCCUUUCAUCAGUUACUUGUUUUGACGUAACAUCUGGGAUUAAAAGUAAGUAGUCUAGGGAAAGUUAUGUGUGAUAUUUAAUUCAAGUAUCGAGGGGGUUUGUGUUAACAUUUUAGGCCACAAGCGACUGGUUUACAUUUGCUACAGUAACCGGUCUUUUUAAGGUUACACCGGCUCUACGCUCCGUAGGACAGCUGAUAUUGCUAAAGCAGCAACCCGGCUCAGGCGGGAGAAAGGCGUCUAACGGAACAUCGGCCCCCGGAGGUAUGUCUUCCCCAGUCAGUGGCAUCAACAGCAGCAGCAGGACACCGGCUGGAAGGAAUCGAACUUCAAAGCUGACAUUCCAGUCAUCUCCGGUGUUUGAGGGUGUGUACAACAAUGCCAGAAUGCUUCAUUUCCUCACAGCUGUGGUGGGGUCUACUUGUGACAUAAGAGUAAAGAAUGGCAGCAUGUUUGAAGGCAUAUUCAAAACUCUCAGUUCCCGGUGUGAGUUGGCCGUGGAUGCUGUACACAAACGUACCGAGGAAGGGAGUUCACCAUCAGCUCCGCCAAGGAGAGAGGACAUUACCGACACCAUGAUAUUUAGCCCUUCAGAUUUGGUGACAAUGAUCUGCAGAGAUGUUGACCUCAACUAUGCCACCAGAGACACCUUUACAGACACAGCCAUCACCUCUAGUCGCAUCAAUGGAGAACAUAAGGAGAAGGUUUUACAGAGGUGGGAGGGAGGAGACAGCAAUGGAGAGAGUUAUGAUCUGGAAAAUGAUGCAUCCAACGGCUGGGACGCUAAUGAAAUGUUCCGCUACAAUGAAGUGAAAUAUGGAGUCACUUCGACAUAUGAUUCCAGCCUCUCCAUGUAUACUGUUCCACUGGAAAGAGGCAACUCUGAGGUGUAUCGGCAGAGGGAGGCACGUGCGGCUCGUCUGGCUAGUGAGAUUGAAUCCAGCCCCCAGUAUCGCCAACGUGUAAACCUGGAAAAUGAGGAGGGCAAAAGCGAGGAAGAUAAGUACAGCGCUGUAGUCAGGGAAGGCAACGACCGCGAGAGGGGUCGGGAAAGCCCCCGUGACAGAGAGCGUGAAAGAGGCCGAGACAGUCCGGGAGCCAGCAACAGGGAGGGCAAGUACAUUCCACCUCAGCGUCAAAGAGAGAUGAACCGAGAGCGAGCUGAAAGAGGUCCUGGUGGGCCUCCACCGCACAAUCGUCUAAGUGGUGGUUACCGUUCCACCCCUCCAUCCUCUUCUUCCUCCUCUCCCAGACCCCCACUUCCUUCUGCUGCUGGAAACCAGCCUGGGCCCUCCCCUUCAGAGAGGAGCAGCCCUCUGUCGGGUCGAGGUGGGGCCUUUGCUUCCCACCACCCACAGGGAAGCCCCAGCCCAGGUCCUGGCUCGGGUCCUGCAAGCCCCUACACACCUGCUUCUCCUGGUGGACAAGCACCCACCCCUACCUCUGCUUCUGCUGCCACAUCCCCAGCCAGCCCCCCUGCUCCACACGGACAUGCAGUUCCUCAUUCCCAUUCACUCCCACACUCGCUGUCUGAUGUUGGUAGACCUGUUAAUGGAGUCUCUUCUAGAACAUCUCCUAAAGCCCAAAGACCACCACAGUCAAGCAGGACAAGCCGCAAUCCAAACUCACACCCUCAGUCCACAGCUGCACGUUCUCCUAAAUCAGGCUCUUUCCAGGAUAAGCUUUAUCUGGACACUUCAUCUGUCUCCUUGCCCACCCAGAAGACAUCUGGCCCUGCCCCUCUCUUCCCUGUAGAUGUGAAUGAGAUCCUUGGUGCAGCUGCAAAAGAACGGUCUGCUGAGAGUCCGAGCAGCACAGAAGAUAACAAGAGCAGUAAAGCUCCCUCAGUUCAGCAGAUGUCACAGAUUGAAGAGCUGCGAAAAUUUGGCAAAGAAUUCAGGCUCCAGCCAAGUGGAGGCAGCUCUAGCUCUCCUACUUCUCCAGCAGCAGCAACCCCUCCGACUGUCAGUGAGGCUGCCCAGUCCAGCGCAGCAAAGUCCACACCAUCAAACGCUCAGCCUUCUUCAGAGCCCAAGCCUCUGCCUCUAGCUCCCAGUCCUUCUCAGCCCCAACCUCAGCCCUCACCAGCUCCCACUGAGGACGCCAGCAAGGAUGCUGCAACCACACAGAGUCCUGCAGCCGCCACCACCACAGCACAGCUUUCAGACAGGCAAUCACCAGCCACCCCUCAGCCAGCUAGGACCCCAGGAAGUGAGGAUGUCAGGUCAGAGACAACCGAGCGAACGGAAGGCGUAGCAGAUCAAGUGAAGAAAUCAACCCUAAACCCAAACGCUAAAGAGUUCAACCCAAUCAAACCUCAAAUCCCUAUGACAAAGCCUAACACUGCACCCACCCCGCCUCGGCCAACCCCUCCGAGCCCAGUGGUGCUGCAACACCAUGGUGGACAGGGACCACUCUACAAUACUCCCUACCUCUCCUACGUCUCACAGAUUCACCCUGUGCAGGCUCCACAAAUGUACCCGUACGCCAUGUCCACAGUCAGCCAAGGAAAAUACGCCAGGACCAAAAACUCAGUAGUGGCUACCCGCUCUGAUCAUGGCACGUCAGCACCACCCAUGUUGCAAGCUGCAGCAUCAGCAGCUGGGGCUCCUCUGGUGGCGUCCCCUUACCCUCAGUCCUACCUUCAGUACAACCCACAGCAGUAUGGCCAGCAGCAAGUCAUUCAGGCCAUAACUCCAUACCCAGGACAGCCAAUGUACUCCAUGCUGCAGGGUGGAGCCAGGAUGAUAGGUCAGGGUGGUGGUCCUCAUCCACAAGCCCUUGGACCAGGUGGCCCUCAAUUUCCUACACAGGGAGAUGGAUCUCAAGGGCCGCAGCAAGGCAUCUAUGCUCCACAGUCAUUCUCUCAUCAUUCGGGCGCAGUUCAUCAACCACAGCCCUCCAGUACCCCAACAGGCAACCAACCCCCACCCCAGCAUGCUGCACCCAGCCCCGGACAGAAUGCCCAGUCAGGCCCACAGGCUCAGUCCUUGUACCACUCAGGUCCCUUGUCGGCACCCACACCACCUAACAUGCCUCCAGGCCACACAUCUCCACAGGGCACUUACCCUAUUCAGGGCUACAGCAUCCACAGUCACCAGGCCAUCCCACCAACAUACCCCUUGGGGCAGAUAGCACAGGCCCAUGUACAGGGACCUAUGUCAGGUCCUCACCACUCAGGGAGCCACGGUCAGCCUCAGUUAGUAAUGUUGCAGCCUCCUCAGCAGGGUCCUGGCGGAGUGCCCCAGCACGGACCUCAGCAAGGAGCACAUCAGCACUUUUACUUAGGACACCAAGCGAUGCAGGUACAAACACAUCCUGCUUCAUUCCAUCCGCCUGGAAACUAAAGUCCUCUGCCUCCACGAUCUCCCAAACAAAAAAAAACAGUCAUUCAAGAGGAAAGAAGAUGAGGAAGAUUCUCCCAGCACCUUACUGUUCUGCUGUAAUAUUGUUCAUCAGUACAAUACUCAGUUUCAGCCCCAGACAAGGAGGACCUUGUAAUGCUAAUGAUGAAGAUGAGAGAGGACAGCAGCAGCAUACAAACCCCUCCUGCUGCUGCGUUUUUCCCUUCUUCCCAUUUCUUUUCACAUGAGGCACCUUGCUGGGAAAACCAGUGGGAGAGUGAAAAACAGAUGGAGAAACAGCAGCAGACUUUCUUCCAGAAAUAUGUUUAUAGCCUUGCGAGGUUUUCUAAGAACCAUGACAAAAACUGGGAAACUCAGACUGUUACGGGAUUCUCAUGAGGACAGCAUGAAAGGAGGGUUGUGAAGACGAAGAGGGGAUGUUUGGCAAAUCUUUUUUUUAACUUCAGCUAGUAGUUAAAACCUCCCCUUUUACUCCCUUCUCUCCUGUAGUAAAUUUAAUUAAUAAAAAAUGGACAAGAAAAAAAA